GAGCAGUGUUAUUAUAACAAUCGCAUUCGCUAGUGCGUGCUGCUCUAGUUCUAAAAAUGCACCACUAAUAAGAAAUAUGUACCGCGGCGGAGACCACUUCGAGGGCCCGCACUGGUCGCAGGUCGAGAACGCGCUGUACUGGGUGGAUAUCGCGGGCCAGACCGUGUACCGCCUCGACGGCCAGACCGGGAACACCACCAGCAGAUACAUUUCUUACGGGCCGGUGACAUUCGUGAUCACAGUGCGCGACGACCCCGGGGUGGUGGUGUUGAGCGCGCGUUCCGACGUGUACCUCCUUCACUGGCAGACCGAGGGCGACAGUGCACUGCGCCUGCUCACCACUGUGGACCUCGGCCACCCGGACAACCGGUGCAAUGACGCCAAGUGCGACUCCAAAGGGAGACUUUGGCUCGGAACAAUGGGCAAAGAGACGAGCCAAAGCGUCGACAAGGACCAGGGCACGCUGUACAUGGUGGAGCACUCGAACUACCUGCACCCGGAGGUGAAGGUGCGGCCCGUGUCCGUGUCCAACGGGCUGGCGUGGACGGCCGACGACAAGUUCAUGUUCUACAUCGACUCGCCCACAAGGAAAAUCGACGUCUUCGACUACAACCUACAAACUGGCACUAUUCGCAACAGGAGAACUUUAUUCAGCUUCCAAGCGAACAAUGUAACGGGCGUCCCGGACGGGAUGACGAUAGACAAAGACGACAACCUGUGGGUCGCGUGCUACGACGGAGGAAAGGUAAUCAAAAUAGAUUCUCGAGCCGGCAAACUACUGGAACAGCACAAACUGCCCGCUUCAAAAGUGACCUCAGUGACCUGGGGAGGACAUGACCUGUCCAUCCUCUACGUCACCACUCGCAAGGGUCACAGCCCCAGCGAGGUGGCGCAAGAGCCUGAAGCUGGCUCACUGUUUGCUAUAGAGGGUACCGGGACUACAGGAGCGCCGGGCAAGGAGUUCGUGUUUCCCGAAGCAGCUAAAUACUGAAUGAACCAUCAAAAAGUUAUGAAUAAAGUUGAUUAAUACUU